AUGGGAGCUAAUGAAAGCAGGGAAGGCUCUUGGAGCAUCAAGGACGUGCCCAAUGGUGUAAUUGCAGCUGCCGCUGUGGCAGGAAUGGCUCUGCUGGCCUAUGGUUUAUAUGGACGUGUUUCAGCUUCAGAGCAGAGGAGGAAGACGAUGAAAGCUCCGGGCAGAGGUGACCAAAUCUCAAGGGGUGAUUUUCAGGCUAACCCAAAAGCUUAUUUCAGAGACCUCCGCCGCAAAUAG